AUGGCGGCCACCAAUGUGUCCCUAUCAGUGGACAGUCUGAGGUGUCCAACUCUCCAAAUCGGCCUUUAUGACAAUCUUAUGAUGGCUACACAGCAGGCUUUUGGAUCAAGGUUUUCUGAUGAGUUCAGUAUGCUGAUGAGGCUGCGCAGCUCUCAGAAGGAGGAGAGCAGUGUGUUGACUCUAUUAAACGCCCAGCAUCACAUCCACCUGCAGCUCCGUCUUAGCCCACAUUCACUAACCUUUAUUUCCACCCAACACAGAGAAUACGAGUUCCCAGUGGGGUCUCUGUGUGAUGGCCAGUGGCACCAGGUAUCACUGGGCGUCUCCCCGCUCUGGCUGGAGGUUUAUGUGGACUGUUCUUUGGUGGAGAGGGUGAACUGGGCCUAUCCUUGGCAGGGCAUCUCCACUGAUGGUCUGCUGAUAAUCGGAGGCAGCCUGGAGGGCUUUGAGACCCCCUUUGAAGGUGCUGUGAGGCAAAUGACCUUUGUGAUGGGGGAUCCAGAUGCUGCCAGAGACCACUGUACUCUCCAUCAGCCUGCCUGCAACCUAACAACCUCCAAUGCACUCUGGAACAAUUUUGGCACCAGGCCCCAUGAGUCGUCUAACAGAGCAGAAGGACCUUCGCAUGAGGAGACCAUACAUCUGGAUCACCUGUUGGAGAGAAACCCUCUAGAAUACACCCAUGAAGAUGCUGCUGGCCAAAGUCAUGGCUUUAUACUUGUUGAUGAACCUCACAUCACAUUAGCCAAUAACAAUGAAGACAGAAGAGUUCAGGAGACAGAAUCCUAUCCAAACAUCCAAAUGUUACAUGAAAAUGCAGCAGACACAGGCUUAUCUAUUGUAGUCAACUUAGCCUCGUCUCAUUCACUGACACAAAUGUCUGAGGUAAAAGCUCCUAAUGAUACAUUACUGAUGGAUGAGAACAUGAUACAUUUGACAACAUCUAAGAGAGAAACUAAGAGUCUUUUAAGAAACAACGAGGAAGGGUGGCAUUCCAGUCUGCAGCAUGGGGAGUCAUUACCAUCUGUACCUGCUAUUGGAACAGGGAACAUUAUCUAUGGAUCUGACCAGAGGAUCUACCGAAUCCACAAAGGCCCCCCUGGUCCAAGGGGACCACAGGGAAGAAGAGGCUCGCAAGGCAAUCGAGGCCUGAAUGGGAGGAGAGGGAAUCCAGGACCUCCGGGACCUCCAGGACUUCCUACUCUCUACCUAUGGAGGAACUCUGAGGAGGACUGGACUGCUUUUAGGAGAUCAGCUAUCCAUCAAAUGCUCCGAGCUGGCUGGCCGGUGACGCCUGGCCCACCUGGAACCAUGGGUGAAAUGGGCAAACCUGGUCCUCCAGGUAUUCCUGGAGAUCCAGGAGACAGAGGGAUACCAGGACAGACAGGAGACAUGGGUAACUCUGGGCCAAAGGGCGUCUCUGGUAAUCCAGGGAGGUGGGGCAGGAAUGGCAGUCAAGGAGUAAAUGGGCAUCGUGGGCCACCAGGACUACGUGGGCUGCAGGGUCCCAGAGGUUUUAAAGGAGAAGGGGCUUCACCAGGGGAGAAAGGUGAUGAGGGUUUCCCUGGUGGAGGCCCUGGACCAGAGUGGGACAGAGGGGGAGCUGGUCGGGAAAAGGGAUCUAAAGGGAACAGGAGCAAGACGGAUUGUGGCCCUCCUGGUCAACCAGGCAGUAAUGGCCCUGCUGGUCCAAAAGGAGAUGUGGGUGAAAUAGGGCCUAUGGGAACAAAAGGAUUUCCUGGCAGUGAAGGACCCAUGGGGAUGUCUGGAAGUCCUGGUCCAAAAGGAUUCGCCGGUGGCACAGGCUCUAGAGGACUGGAUGGUGACAAAGGAGAGGCUGGACCCAAAGGAGACAGGGGCCCACCAGGUGCUGCAGGGAUCCUAGGCCGUCAGGGAGAGAGAGGUGAACGUGGAAACACAGGUCUUCAGGGGACGAGAGGUCAACCUGGGCACCAAGGAAAAGAGGGUGAAGAUGGGGAGGCUGGUCUCCAGGGAGUGGCUGGUAAACAGGGGCCAAAGGGCAUCAGAGGUACCCCAGGCCAAAAUGGAAAUUUAGGGCUCAAAGGACCAAGGGGUCGCACAGGACUCCCUGGCCUGUUUGGUCUACCUGGCAUGCCGGGUUUUAGAGGCAGAGUUGGGAUUGAGGGACCAGAAGGAAAGCCUGGGUGUUCCUGGUUCUGCUGGCUCUCCUGGCCCUGAAGGAGACAGAGGGUUUCCCGGUGUGGCUGGUGAUCCAGGGCAGGCAGGUUCUCUAGGAGCUCUGGGUCCUCCAGGAAAGCCAGGUCAGGACGGGAUCCCUGGACCAGCUGGAGAGAGGGGCUUCACAGGGAAACCAGGGUUGAUGGGCCCUCAGGGACCUGUGGGCAUGUAUGUAAGUGACC